UUUUGCACACAUUUAUGAUAGUAUUGUUUUCGUAGGUCAUAUAUGCGUGGAUACAAUAUUUAAGUAAAAUAUUAAUUCAAGUUAGGAAUAAUCAGUAUUACAGAUUAUUUUACACCAUCAAAUGCGACCGUGAAAUAAGUAUGCUUUCAAAGCAAGUACUGUUUUGUUAUUUGGUGUCUGAAAUUAAAAAUUGUUAAAGUUGACCAUCAUGCCCAAUCGGCAGCUGCCAACUCAAUUGCGGUUCAGUUAAGAAAUUUUAAUCUCGAACUUUUUUACUGCAUAGAAGUAAUCUGUAUAUAUCUGCAUCUUUGGACUAAAUUGUAGUAAACAGUGAAUUUCUGAUUCAAUGUGUCCCAUAAAUUGGCGACGCUUUUGUGAAGAGUGGCGCAUCUGGAUACGACCACUUUUGAUCGUCACCUAUGGUAUAUUUGCAAUUAUCAUCGUACCAUUGCUUAUUGUCAAUUCCGUAAAGGAUGGAUUUACGCGGAAAGAUCAACUUAUACUCAUUGGAGGGCUUUUUGUUUUGUCCGCUGUACCAGUAUCAAUUUGGCACAUCAUACAGCAUGUAAUACAUUUCACUAAACCCAUUUUGCAGAAGCAUAUUAUACGAAUUUUAUGGAUGGUACCAAUUUAUGCCCUCAAUGCGUGGAUUGGACUAUUUUUUCCUAAGCAUUCUAUUUACGUAGACUCUCUGCGUGAAUGUUACGAAGCUUAUGUGAUUUACAACUUUAUGGUCUACCUAUUGCGCUAUCUCAAUUUAGGAAUGGAUCUAGAAGCCACCAUGGAAUAUAAACCACAGGUGUACCAUUUCUUUCCGCUUUGUUGCAUGAGGCCUUGGCCUAUGGGUCGUGAAUUUAUACACAAUUGUAAACACGGAAUUCUUCAAUACACAGUGGUCCGACCUAUCACCACAUUCAUUUCUGUUAUUUGCGAACUAUGUGGCGUCUAUGGAGAAGGAACAUUUGCGGGAAACGUGGCAUUUCCUUACAUCAUUGUGAUCAACAACAUUUCACAGUUUGUUGCCAUGUACUGCUUGGUGCUCUUCUACAAAGCUAAUAAGGAAGACCUUAAGCCAAUGAAACCGAUACCAAAGUUUCUUUGCAUUAAAGCAGUGGUAUUCUUCUCAUUUUUCCAAGGUGUAAUAUUGUUUUUACUAGUCUACUAUAAGGUUUUGCAAAAAUUAUUCACACUUGGAGACGAUACGAACUUGGCGUCAAUGCUGCAGAACUUUCUCAUUUGUAUUGAGAUGUUCAUCGCAGCCGUGGCACACAUUUAUAGUUUCCCGCAUCAUCCGUUCCAUAUCAAUUCUCCUCAAUAUUGGAAUAAUCCCAAUCAUAAUUGGUGCCGUGCUUUCCUCUCCAUGAUGGACAUCUCGGAUAUGCAACAAGAUGUUACCGAGCAUUUGGGGGUAGUAAGCAGCUCUAUUAGCCGACAUUUUCAAGGUCGCAGCAACUAUCAACCUUUAUCGCGCGGUACCCGCCGAUCCAGUGGUGAGACGGAAUAUUUAAUCAGCAAACGACAAGAUAGUGACAACAAUCCGGAGGCUAUAAUCAGUGACAUGCCGACAGCGAGUUCAAUGGUCGGCGAUGUGAUGAUAGUUAGUAGCAAGGGCGGCGUUGUUGGACAAACAGCAGACAUGCAUUCAGCCUACAAAACAUCCUGUGCCGUUAACGCAGAAGCCGCUGGAACGCAUUCCAAUUUCGGAAUAAAUAUACAGAAACGAGAGGUAAACGCUCGCGAACGCUCACCUCAGCAAGUGUAUGGCGCCCCCAUACCUGGUGGCAAUAGCUUUUUACAAGCACGCAACGUAGGUGUACAUUCCAGCAGCAUUCCCGACACAGAUGACGAUUUUGUUUCGUUAAUUGGGACUGGCAGAUGACAUCGUAAUAUAGGAAGUAGUAGCAAUAGUCAAAAUUAUAAUCCAUCGGCAGUCGAUUUGACAUCAGUGUCAGUUUCGGCGUCGAUUGGUAUUUCUAGUAGUCUUAAAUUAUCGACAGGUGGCAGCGGCAAUAGCAGUUCCCCUGAUUGGCUAAGCACGUCCCAUUCUGAAGAUGAUAACGAUAAUGACAGCGACGACGACGACGACAAUGAUUACAACAACAUAACAUUAAGCGAUGGUAACGUUAGUGACAUUCGGCGCACGGGUGACUUUGGGGGAGGCAAUUUUGCUGCUAGCGCAUAUGUUGAUGACUUUGUUGUUGGUGAGCAGCGUAGCCACAAUGAAAUGUCACCAGACUACAUCGCAACGAGACGAUCACCACAGAGACCUACUAACAGCGGGCACAUCACAUAGAUAACUCAACAGCCGUGGUACUAAGAGCAAUAUGUUUAUUUUUCUUAUUAUUUUAUUUCAUUGUAUUAUUUCUUUGUUACUUACGUAAUUUAGGAGUUCUUGUUAUUUCGUGCAUUUAUGAGUUGUAUAUUAUCGGCAAAGUGAUGUUUUUGCUUAUUUUAUAUCGAUUUUGCUUUUUGCCUAAUUAUUUUCGAUUUUUCGUUUGAAGAGCUGAAAUAGUUCAUAUUUUUUAUCUGGAAGAGAUUUGAGGCAUUAAUAACGUAAUCAUGUGGCCUUUUCAUACGGAAGUAGAAAAAAGUGUUAUUUUCUUAUUAAGCAAAAAAGACUGGGGUUCAAAUUAUUUACUUAGAAGAAGCUGUUUCUAAAGCGAACUUACGUUUUAUUAAAAUUAACUAUAGACUUUUUGUAGUUGACCACGUGAAUUAAUUGGGAAGUUUAUGUGUAAGACGGAAUGACGAAUAGAAAUCUUGAAUAUCAAUCAAAAAAUUCGAUUAUGAAGUUUAUUUAAAGCGCAUAAUUAAACUAUAGGCACCUUAAAGAAAAAAGAAAAAAUAUCAAAAAUGCUCAUAAAUACUUGGGUACGAUUCAUGUGAUUAAUUAUAUAAUACCGGGUGCUUCAAAAAAAUGUAUACACACUUUGAACUUCCAUAGAAAAUUUAUUUACCGGUCUACAAAGUUAAAUUUCAGGAAAAUAGAAAGCUGAAAGUCCAAUGUAAAUGAAACAUAAAUAACAAAUGUUAAUACUGUUCAAAUUGGUGACCUGCAGCAUCAAUAUAUUUUUGCUUACCUGGAUCAAAAUUUGGCGGGCCAGUGGAUAGGACGCAGGGGGCCAAUCGAGUUUCCAGCACGCUCUCCAGACCUUACACCACUGGAUUUCUUCUUGUGGGGCACAGUAAAAGAUGAGGUGUACAAACGUAAACCACGUAACCUAGACAUUCUUUGGAAUGAGAUUCAAGCAGUGUGUAGAGAAAUCUCAUUGGACGUUUUGAUACGAUGUACAGAAUCUGUGAUGACUCGUACUCAAAAAUGUAUUGAUGCUGCAGGUCACCAAUUUGAACAGUAUUAACAUUUGUUAUUUAUGUUUCAUUUACAUUGGACUUUCAGCUUUCUAUUUUCCUGAAAUUUAACUUUGUAGACGGGUAAAUAAAUUUUCUAUGGAAGUUCAAAGUGUGUAUACAUUUUUUUGAAGCACCCGGUAUAUAAAUCCGUUGUCGCGUUAAUGACUGUAGAAAAGGCGCGGAACUUUAUUGUUUUCCGGUUCUUAGAAAAAUAGCAGCAAGCAAAAUAAUAUAAUUGAACAGUAAUAUAAUUUGCCAAUAUUAUUUAUAAUGAAUGGAAUUUUAAAACACAAAUUUCAUUAUAAAUUUAUGUUUUAUUUUGAGUAAAUUUAAGCCACAAAAAAAAAAAAGAACGAUGAUGUCAAAAAUAUAAAUAUUUAUACAUUUAAAGAUCGAAUAAUGAAACGAAGACAUUUUAAGGUAGUUAAUUGGAAAGUGCACUAUAUCCACAUAUUAAUUAUUAGUAGUUUUAUUCCGAAAAAGCAACAUGCUUAGAGAUCAACAGAAUAUUUAAAAUAGGAUGAAGAAUUUAUCUAGUUCUGUCAGUUUAUAAAUGUGCGAAUAAAAAAAAAUCGAUUUAAAAUAAAAAUGUAUGUGAAUAUUUAGAAAAGCAUAGAAUCUUUACAACGAGCUAUACUAUGGACUCAACUAACUCGAUUUAUCA